AUGGAUACAUUAACAUCACUUCGGCAAAAGGUGUUGCUGUCAAAGAAGAAGAAGGAAGAGGAGAAGGAGGAUGGAGAGAUUGGUGGUCAUGACUUUACAAUGAUAUCAUCUACCUCUUCAAUAUCCCCUUUGGCUCCAUCUCCAGGUACACAUUCACCCAUACUAUCAAUGAGUAGGGAUAGAGGUGCAGGCAACAAUAGACAAUAUAGAUUCGACUAUGAUGACUAUGAGAGGAACUCACCGGUCGACAUGGACUUGACGAGUCAUAAUGAGAUCAAUGAUGAUAUGUAUAGACAGGCAGCAUUGUACGAGGGUCAGAAUGGUGCAUAUAGACAACAAAUACAACAACAACAACAGUUCGGUCACUUUAUUACACAGCCACAACAGUUCUACAUUCCUUCACAAUACAACAUCAACAAUGAUAGUAUGAUGACAACUCAACAACAACAACUAACUCCACCACUUCUGUCUGGCCUCUAUCUUGGUAACAUCAAUGUCAAUGGUAGCAAUGGUGGCAUAGGCAUUGGUGGUGGCAUAGGCAUUGACAAUGUGAACAUGGCCCCAUCACCUCCAAUCGACAUGCAACAACAACAGUUGCAGUAUCAAUAUCAAAUGCUUCAAAGACUCAAACAACAACAACAGCAACAGCAACAACAACAUCAACAGCAACAACAUCAACAACAACAACUUUAUCAACCUUCAGUCGCGCCUGUCACUCAGAAAGUAAAGGGCAAGAAGGAGAAGAAAGAAAAGAAGGAUAAGAAGAAACAACAUCAACACAAUCUUCAUCUGCAGCAACAACAGCAGCAGCAACAGCAACUCAUACUUCAGCAACAGGAGCAACAACAGCAACAGCAACAGAAGCAGCAGCAACAACAGCAACUCCUUAUUCAGAGACAACAACAACAACUCAUACUUCAGCAGCAACAACAACAACAACAGCAGCAACAGCAACAGCCACCACAAAAGACAAUCAUCAGUACAAACAAUAAUAGUAAUAUGUUACAACAGAUGAUUAUACAUCCGUUUGACGAGAGUGACUCGGAUAGGGAGGAGUCUGGCAUCAACUCGUACGAGUUCUCUACUGACGACAUUGUAGACUCGUUGGCCAAUGCCAAGAAGAAGGAGUUCCACAGCACUGAGAUGGAGGACCUAAAGAAGCAGAUUGCCGCACGCGAGGAAGCACUACUACGCAAGAAGCUGGAGGAGCGACGUAUCAAGUCUGUGCCAUCGCCAUUCAUGAUCAACACGGCUGCCCCUGGUCAGACCAUGCCACCGACGCCGCAGUCCCUGCUCGAUCAGGAGCAGGAACAGGAGCAAGAGCAAGAGCAGGAACAAGAGCAACAAGACGUGGCUCAGACGGACACUAUGAGCACGACGACACCCACUACAACGACGACGACGACCAAGAUGACACAAGAUACCCAGAUUCAACUGGACAUGAGUGAGCUCGAGCUCACCAAGAACGAGAUGAGACAAAUGACAUCGGACAUUGUCAAGACAAACAGGUUGCUGAUGGAGAGUGAGAGUGAUAUACUGCGCAUCGAGCUGGAGAUGACAUCGACGGACUGCAAGAAGAAGGAGUUGGAGCUCAAGAUCAACGAGAUGAAGCUGCGCAUCAACAUGUUCCAGACCGAGCUGGAACAGGUCACCAAGCAGAACAAAGAGCAGACGAGCAAGCUGAAUCAGUUGCGAUCAAAGAGUGAGGUGCUCCAGACGAGCUACAUGGACAAGGUCAACAUGAUCAAUCAGAAGAAGCGCAAGUUUGAUGAGGUCCGCUCCACCUUUGCCAUUGACCCUCUGCAACUCUCCAUCCUGGACACCGUGUCCAACACCGUCAUGUUAACCCCAGAGAACCGUAAGAUCAUCGAACAGGGCACACCAGCCGCGGUGAGCAAUCAUACAUCAUCGGAUGGUCCAAUCACCAACAACAUUGAAGGACCACCUUUGAUAACAAACAAGAAGGCGUCAGAACAGUCCACACCACUUGCUCAGAAUGGCAAGCAGCAGCAGCAGCCGACUACAGAUAUGUCGGAGGAGUCCAAAGACCCAAUGAACAUUGAAAGUGAACAACAGGCCCCAGCCAAGCGUGUGGCACAGGCUCCCCGAGAAGACAACUCAGACAAGCCAACGCGGACACCCGUUGUCGGCACCGCCGCCACCACUACGACCACAACAACAACAACUACAGCAUCUCGACCAAAGAAGGACAGCAAUGGAGCACAGCUAUUCAAUAUUGAGACAAUGUUUAGCUCGGGUAGUACUGCCAACGAUCGAAAGCCACAGGAGAAGGUGGCCCAUAUAUAUACCGUGGCGACACAACCAGCCAAGCCAAAGAUCAAUGUGUUGCCAAUCAUCCUUCAGGGCAGGGAUCUGGACUACUUUGUCAAGACCAUCCUGGAGGAAGGACGAAUGGUCGACAAGAACGGUGUCAUAGUGUCAUCAUCGUGGUUAAGGGCUGACAACUCAGCACUUGAGUUGGAGCAGACCAUGUACAACUCUGUGUUGAGAGAUAACUUUGCCGACAGGUGGGAGCAAGCGCAUGAGUCUGACCUGGCCAUGCGACUCGAGUCGUUGGCGGAGCCAUUCCAACGCAUCCCACCUGGCAAGUACGUAUCGUCCCUGAUGUGUAUGAGGUCAUACCGGUUCUCGGCCAUGUUCAACAAGCUCAGUCCAUUCCAAUUGGCUUCCAUCCAGUACUCUACCAAGCUCAACUCUUUCAAACGACUCUGUCGCGAGGAGCUCGAAGGAGUAUGCACUGAUGUCAAUUGUCCCUUCCAGCAUACAAGGGACUUUGCCUUUUCGACGGAUGACACAAUCGAAGACAUCUUCUCAUAUAGCAAUGAUCCAAACUUAAAGGCAGAGGUGCUGAACAUCAUGGGAGAGGGCAAGCCAGACUCGUUCCAGACUGCACUCAGGAGGGUGCUCAAACAGGUCAUCGCGGAGAACAAGACGAUCAUUGUGGAUGUCAAUGAGUCAAGAAAGAGUGUAUUGGACGAUCGUGUGAACGAAUUUACCAAGAGCAUCAGCAGCAACCCAGAGUCCUCUACAAAGCAACAGCUUGAAUCAAGUCCUACUACUCCUCGCAAGCCACGCAAGACUCAUGUCGUCGACGUCAAGGACACAGCAGACUACAUUCCAUUACAACGCCACGUUGAUGUAGAUGACGAGAUGACAGACACGAACAACACAUCCAUCAUCAUUCGCCCAUGCAACAGUCAAGAUCAGCAGCAUCAGUUCGUCAGCACAUACACCAUUCCAAGCAAUGAGUUUGAUCACUAUCAGCAGUACUAUCUAGUCACAAAAGAGGAGUACCUAAAGAACCCUACCAGCCUCCAGCAAUGCUUCUCCUAUCUCUGUUCCUUGAACCCGAGCUCACAAGACAUACUCUCUGACGAGAAGAACAGAAAGGACUUGCUCAACAUGCUCCACUUGAUUAUCACCAACAACAAGGGCUCAGAGCUGUUGUGGAAGCUCUACAUUGAGGUGUUCUCAAGGAACUUUAGCAACAGCCCUCGUGAUAUUGAGACACUCAUCCUCGCCACGCCAAUGUCCAGCAACUCCAUCCUCCUGGACAUGAUGCGACUUCGUCUUCCAGGCUCCCUAGCCCGUACCAUUACCAUCUGCGCUCAGGCAUUGAACCAGUUGUUUGGCCAGACCACAUCAGCGUCCCAGCUGCUGACCAAGCAGGAGAGCUCAUUCUGGUCGCUCGAGUUCCUCUUGAUAUAUCUGCGCAGCAUGCUCGAGGCUGGCCAUCGUGACUUCCUCGUCAAGGAGUUCCUGAUCCACUACAACCUCGACAGCAACGACAAGUUCGCCGCGUUGUUCGUCCCCAACUACCAUCGCUUCAAGCAUCCCGACCCCUUCAUAACGACCAGACACACCUCGCUCUCUGGCAACCUGGACAACCCCGAGAAGAACCAGCUCAAGAUUGUCUUCCUCUCCUUGCUCGUCUUUAAUGAGAUACCCGAGACGACGCAGCUCUAUGAGAACACGGCGAUGCACACCAUCCAAACCAAGACCCUACUGCUCAACUGGAAGCAGUUCUUUGACUCUAAGGCAUUCCUCAAGAACAACCAACCAUCUCAGAUCAGCGCGCUGCAGACAAUCUUUUGCGAACUCAGCAGCGAUGACUCGUCGGACUACAUCCUCAACCAGCUGCACUUCCUGUCGUUCGUCGUACCAUUCAAGAAGCACGUGGAGCUCACGCACAAUGUCGUGCAGAUGUAUCCCAAGAACAUCGAUGUGUGGCUGUAUCUGGUCGGCAGGGACACACACAACGACCAUCUCACCUCGGCGCUGGCAGCCAAUCCCAAUUCAUUACGCCUGAUCAAGGCGAUGGUCAUGCAGGACAUUGCAUCCAACAAUCACUCUGCCUCCAUUACCAAGAUCAACACCUUCCUCUACAACAUGUUUGCAAUCAAUGAGGCCCAGAAGAAGAUCAUCAAGGAAGAGAAGGUCAGUUCAUACACCAUGUUUGACCUUUUGCUCUCCAAGCAAGUUGGUCAAACAUACAAGAGAGAGGUUCAAGAGUUGAAGCACACACCUAUUGACAAUGCUGAGAUGGUCUAUGUUUGGAUACUAGUCUGUCUAUAUAACUUCCUCAAGAAGAACUACCUGGCAGUACUGCCAACUCUUCGCGAAGCACUACGCACAGUCAAUCUUGCUCACAAGAAGUUACUUUGGAAGGAACUGUUGUGGCUGGCAAGCAAGUGCCUCAGCACGAGUGAGUUUGAGACACUGGCCGACGAGUUCUUCCAGGAGUCUCCAACCGAGUUCUACUAUCCACUGCGACAGUACAUCUCGAGUAUACCGGCACACACCCCGGCAGCACUCCUCUCUGCCCUAAAGCCACUGGCACUCAAAGACUACUCGCUGCACAACCAAGUGUUGGAUCUCUAUGGCAAAAUGAAGAACUACCCGAGCAACCUGCUUCGCAAGUGGGCACUGAUGCUGCCUGACAAUGCAUACAUAUUUGCCAAGUUGCUAUUAGUGCUUCCAAACAUUUGA